ACAGUCAUUAAGAGCAAACUGUACAUCGAAUCUAUGAAAGCACGAUGUACAUGCAAUCAAAGAAAGAACAGGAUAUGUGAAAUAAAUGAGAGGACAAUGACAUAUAAUCAAUGAGAACAGACUGUACAGCCAAUCAAUGGAAGAACAAUACACUGUACCUGCAAUCAAAGAGAGUACAAUGUUUAUGAUUUCAUUGAGAGCACAAUGUGCACACAGUCAAUCGGAACACAAUGCAUAUGCAAUUAAUGAGAGCACAAUGUACAUUCAAUCAAUGAGAGCACAAUGUACACACAAUCAAUUGAACACAAUGCAUAUGCACACAAUGAGAGCACAAUGUCCACACAAUCAAUUGAACACAAUGCAUAUGCAAUUAAUGAGAGCACAAUGAACAUUCAAUCAAUGAGAGCACAAUGUACAUACAGUCAAUUGAACACAAUGCAUAUGCAAUCAAUGAGAUCACAAUGUACACACAAUCAAUUGAACACAAUGCAUAUGCAAUCAAUGAGAGCACAAUGUCCACACAAUCAACUGAACACAAUGCAUAUGCAAUUAAUGAGAGCACAAUGAACAUUCAAUCAAUGAGAGCACAAUGUACAUACAGUCAAUUGAACACAAUGCAUAUGCAAUCAAUGAGAUCACAAUGUACACACAAUCAAUUGAACACAAUGUAUAUGCAGUCAAUGAGAGCACAAUGUACACACAAUCAAUUGAACACAAUGUAUGUGCAAUCAAUGAGAGCACAAUGAACUUACAAUCAAUUGAACUUAAUGAUAUGCAGCCAAUGAGCACAAUGUACACACAAUCGAUUGAACACAAUCUGACAAUGCAUAUGCAAUCAAUUAAGAGCACAAUAUACAUAUGAUUAAUAAGAGUAUAAUGUAAAUGCGACCAAUUAAAAAGCACAAUGUACAUAUCAUUUAUAAGAGUAUAAUGUAAAUGCGACCAAUGAGAGCACAGUGAACAUAAAAUCAAUGAAAGAAAAUACACAUUCAUUCAAUGUGAGUACAAUGUACAUAUUAUAAUCGAUGAACAGAAAAUGCACGUCCAAUUA